AUGUCUUUGUAUAUUUUUCUUUUUGUGUCUUUACAGCAGCAAAAGAAUCUGGAAGGAUAUGUUGGCUUUGCAAGCCUCCCCAACCAAGUGUACAGGAAGUCUGUCAAGAGGGGCUUUGAGUUCACCCUGAUGGUCGUGGGUGAGUCGGGUUUGGGCAAAUCCACAUUGAUCAACUCUCUGUUCCUAACGGACCUGUAUUCAGCAGAGUAUCCUGGACCUUCACAUCGAAUCAAAAAGACUGUACAGGUGGAGCAGUCCAAAGUUUUAAUAAAGGAAGGCGGCGUCCAGCUGCUGCUCACAAUAGUUGACACCCCAGGGUUCGGAGAUGCCGUUGACAACAGCAACUGCUGGCAGCCGAUCAUCGACCACAUAGACAGCAAGUUCGAAGACUACCUGAACUCAGAAUCGCGGGUGAACAGACGACAGAUGCCCGACAGCCGAAUCCACUGCUGCCUGUACUUCAUAGCCCCCUCGGGACACGGAUUGAAGCCCUUGGACAUCGAGUUCAUGAAACGGUUGCAUGAGAAAGUGAAUGUCAUCCCGCUGAUCGCCAAAGCAGACACCCUCACCCCAGAGGAAUGCCAACAGUUCAAGAAGCAGAUCAUGCGGGAAAUCCAAGAGCACAAAAUCAAGAUCUAUGAGUUCCCCGAGACAGAUGACGAAGAGGAGAACAGGCUGGUGAAGAAGAUCAAGGACAAGUUGCCGCUGGCUGUAGUAGGAAGCAACACCAUCAUCGAGGUGAACGGCAAGAGGGUCCGAGGGAGACAAUACCCCUGGGGGGUUGCAGAAGUUGAGAACAGUGACCACUGCGACUUCACCAUCCUCAGAGAUAUGCUCAUCAGAACUCACAUGCAGGACCUGAAGGACGUGACAAACAACGUCCAUUAUGAAAACUACCGCAGCAGGAAGCUGGCGGCCGUCACCUACAACGGAGUGGACAACAACCGGGCUAAAGGACAACUCUCCACCAAAAGUGACACAGUUGAAGGAAUGAGUCCCCUGGCCCAGAUGGAGGAGGAGAGGCGAGAGCAUGUGACUAAAAUGAAGAAGAUGGAGAUGGAGAUGGAGCAGGUGUUUGAGAUGAAAGUCAAGGAGAAAGUGCAGAAGCUCAAAGACUCUGAAGCAGAGCUUCAGCGGCGUCACGAGCAGAUGAAGAAGAACCUGGAGGCUCAGCACAAGGAGCUGGAGGACAAGAGACGCCUGUUUGAGGAUGAGAGAGCAAACUGGGAGGCCCAGCAGCGCCUGGAGCAGCAGAAACUGGAGGCCUCCAGAACUCUGGAGAAAAACAAAAAGAAAGGAAAGAUCUUUUAAAAGACAGUCGGCAGGACCACCCCAACUCAAGUUCAUUUUCUUUGCCAACGUUGCCGGUCAGGACACCAGCGUGUGGCACUGGACACCCCCAACCCCC